UGACGCCUUGAGAAGCCAGACAGGCUUAUCAGUCAAUUACAGCUUUUCUUAAUGCCCAUUUUCUUUCCUUCUCUUUCAAAUUUGUUGUGCCUACCGGAUCCGGUCCCCUCAUAACUCAUAAGCGCAGCCGACGGCGGCCCGUCACAAGAGGCUUGUAUAGUUUGAGUCUUUAUUGGCCUAUAUAUGUAUAUUCCUUGGUCCUCCUCUAACAACAGUAGUGCAAAUUGAGCAACAAAGAAAAGCAAGGAUAAACGAGCGAGAAUGCUGUUUUCAUCAGCGUCAGUUUCAGUCCCACCUCUCUCCAUCCUCUUCCUCCUCAUCUUUCCCUUCUUAUUACUUCAAGUUCAAGCCACUGUUCCCCCAUCAAAGACCUUCAAGUAUGUCAACCAAGGCGAAUUUGGUGAGUACGUAGUAGAAUAUGACGCAAGCUAUCGUGUAUUAGAUGUCUUCACGUUUCCUUUUCAACUUUGCUUCUACAACACCACCCCUGAUGCUUUCACCCUUGCUCUCCGAAUGGGUACUCGUCAUUCUGAGUCCAUCAUGCGUUGGGUCUGGGAAGCCAAUCGUGGCAACCCUGUACGCGAAAACGCUACUCUUACAUUUGGCCGCGACGGCAAUCUCGUCCUGGCCGAUGCCGAUGGCCGGGUGGCCUGGCAGACUGCCACCGCUAACAAAGGUAUUGUUGGCUUCAAGCUACUCCCAAGUGGCAACAUAGUCCUACACGAUAAGCAAGGUAGGUUUGUAUGGCAAAGCUUCGACCACCCAACUGAUACACUUCUGGUAGGCCAGGAGCUACGACCUGGUGGACCCACCAAGAUUGUUAGCCGUGUGUCUAGUGUUGAUGGAUCCCAAGGACCAUACAGCUUUGUGCUGGAGCAGAACAGAGUUGCUCUGUAUCUCAAGAGUAACAACUCCCCAAAGCCGUUGCUUUACUACUACUCUGAGUUGGGGAGCGGGCAACCGGGGCAAGAGCCCCUGGCCUAUGUAAAGUUCAACAGUGAACCUACAACAGAGGAAGCUUAUGCUUUUCAUUUGAAAUUUGAUUAUGCCAUGAUCAACUCCUCCUCAGUGUCGAGUCGUAUCUGGGCCAGACCAAAAUACAAUGCCACCUACUCAAUGCUUCGAGUGGAAUCGGAUGGUAAUCUUAAGAUCUACACCUACAGUGACAAGGUCGACUGGGGUGCUUGGGAAGUAACAUUCACCCUCUUUGACAGAGAUGGGAGCAUGAGCGAGUGUAAGCUGCCUACCAGAUGUGGAUCACUCGGAGUCUGUGACGAUGAUCAAUGUGUAGCUUGUCCUACGCCUCUUGGCUUGACAUGGUGGAGCAAAAGUUGUGCACCCCCCGCUCUUCCUCCCUGCAAAUCCAGAGCCAAUGUAAAUAAUUAUUACAAAAUUGUGGGUGUUGAGCAUUUCCUGAACGAGUACACCGAGGGAGAUGGUCCAAUGAAGCUGGCUGAGUGUAGGGACAAGUGUAACAAGGACUGUGGGUGCUUAGGUUUCUUCUACAGGGAAGAAUCCUCCAAAUGCUUGCUGGCUCCUGAACUUGGCACUCUCACUAAAGUGUCCAAUACAUCUCAUGUAGCUUUCAUUAAGUUCUCUAAGUAGAUAUCUUAGUGACAUGAUUAAUUAGUUCCUCUCAUGCAGAUCGAUGUAGUCUUGCUUUAAAUUUGAACUGAGAAGUUUGUAUGUCCGUAGUAAAUAGAGUGCAGUUCUGGUCAAUUCAGGCUGCUGGUGGAAGAGCUGCCUAUUAAAUAAGUGUAUUUGCGAAGCUAUUAAUAAAGUAGAAGCAGAUAUUUUGAAACUUUCAUAAGCUCUGCUAGCUCUCUUGUUGCUCAA